ACCACCAGGGCCGUCUUACCAUUGCUCUGGCAGAGAAGCGAUGUAUACACCGAGUAUCAGCCUAGCGACUCUCUUUUCCCCUAUUCCCUAUGACGGAAGAGAAGCCAGACGACUCCGAGAUAGAGAUCUUCGCGAGGGCCUUGGGGUUUAAUUACUGAGUCCCCGGUUCCGCCGACCCAUGACAUAGCGUUACAGCUACAGGCCACGAACAACGACCGAGUCUCGACGUUGCCGCAUAAGUCUGAUGAAAAGGCUUGGUCAACCUCGAGACCUAUCCUCGAUCAUUUGGUCGUCGCCAUGGCCGACCGCAAUGCUCCGGGAGUGUCGUCACCGCACCGAUCCUCAUCCUCCGCAGCGCCCCUGGCUGGGACCACGGGCUCUGGAUCCGUCCGCUCGCGCAAUCGUGGCCCCCCCAAUCAUGGCAGCAGCGAGAAUAUAACGAGAAACCAUGGUGAUCCGGCACAGAGGACUCCCGCUGCCAAAGGUAGAGAGGGAACAUCUAGUUUGGGGCAGGUGCUGGGAGAUUCCUGGGCUCAGAGCUGGUCAUCAGUCCAGGGAUUUGCUUCCUCUCUCCUCUCCGUCGCAGAGAACCCAGGCGACAUGUCUCGGCCACGAUCAGACUAUCAGUCCGACCAAAACUUUGCUUCUUCACUUUGGAAUCGAUUUCCACCAGGCAUCAGCGGCAACGCCAGCAAGAACCCCAACCAGGGGAGCUCUCCCGCUCUACGAAGCCAAAGGGUAGCCAACCGAGUGGCAGCGGGAUCGUCAGACCAGCGAGACGCUGCGCUGAUAGCCGCCAAGAGAGCUAGCGUUUUGGAAAACAGUCAAGGUCCGAGUGGAGGGCUGGAUGUCUCGGGGAAGUAUAAACGUCGAACUUCGGACGAAAUUACCUCAGAGAACUCACAACCUGAAGAGUACCUAGUAUACAUCCACAAAAUCCUGCCUCAUGACACAUAUGCUGGAAUUAUCCUCCGAUACAAGUGCAUGGAGGAUGCGUUUAGGAAAGCGAAUGGCCUCUGGUCCAGAGACAGUAUUCAGGUUCGGAAAUGGGUCCUUAUUCCAGUCGAUGCCUGCGAAGUACGAGGCCGUCCUUGUGAUCCCCCGGCAGGCAAUCAAGACCACGGCGCCACGGAUUUCUUCGAAGCAACCGGGUCAAUGGCACCACAAACUACAUUCAGUGGCUACUCCAAACUAUCUAGUGAAAGAGCUACACAGGAAGAUGAGAACACGGAAAAAGAGGCAAUGCCGUGGUCGCACGUCAGAUGGGUCAAGAUAGACUCACUGCCUGAGCCAGUGGAAAUCGGGCGUAUUGCGCGGCAGAAAAUGGGCUACUUCCCACCACGGAGGAAAAAGGCCGUGUCUUUCUCGUCAACACCGCGACAGAGCCUUGAUACUACGGAGCAGAUAGAGCAGCCGCUAUCCAGGCGACAGAGCUUAGUGGGCGACCAGCCACCAUCGUUGAGCAGGCGUGAAUCUAUUCUCAGCCAUGGAGACGGCGAUGGGCCGGAUAUGAGACCAGCAUGGAUGCGACGUUCGGGCGGUGUCGGCUCCUUGAGCAGGAAUAUCCGCGCUCCCGGCCCGGACAAAGAUUACUUUAACUCGUGGGCCAAGAAACAUUUUCCUAGCCUCAACAUUGACGACCUACCAUCCAUGUCGGUGAUGGGUUCAGAGAUGGCACGGUUCGGGUUUGACCGUGAGGCUGCUGGGAUUGUUGAGGGCGCCAUUCAAGAGGGGGGAGAUACGGAGUCACCUUAUAAUCAGAAUAACGGCUUAGACAAAGCUGCGGCCGCAGUUGAGACCUGGCUCCGAACUGCAUGGGCUAAACGUUCCAUGGCCCCAUUAAUUCCACGGCAGAGGAGCGCAGCCGGACAGGAUACUGGAGACCUGAUAGAGCUGACGCCGACGCCAGGUGCCGAGGGCACACCACGCCUUGACAUGUUUGAUUCACAAAUACCAUCGCCAUUCCUUGGAAGUAUAGCGGAUGCCGAUUCUAGCAUAAAGCGAUCAGGAUAGAAUUUGAUACACAACGUUAUUGGUUAUUGGUUUAUGCCCGGUUAUGGAUUACUCUGCAUAUAUGCACAUUUAACAAAGCUAGAGUUACUUAUCAUCAAAAGGAAACAUGUGUUGUUUAUGGUUUCAGGAGUUAUUCUUAGAACCCCAAACUUGUUCAGAUUCUUAACCAUCUAUAAACGUGCCUACUUGAGCCGUACAAAUUGCGCCUUACUCGUCCAAGUACAUCUUUAUAAGUCCUCACUGGGGCAUUUGGCCAUGGUUUUUGUGGUUGGACGGGUGAGAAGUACUUGAAAAUAUACACACUGUGCGCUACAAGAGGAGCAGCACCAGUAUAUCGCCUAAAAUAU